AUGAUGGACUUCUCAACUGUUGUGCUAUGGUGGGAAGAGUGGCAGCUCCGCCUCCUCGUCCUCGGCAGCCUCUUCCUGCAGUAUUUCCUCGCAUUCGCUGCAAUCCACCGUAGGCGUUCCAUCCCGUCGUCCUUGAGAUUCUUCAUCUGGCUAGCUUUCCUUGGCAGCGAUGCUCUGGCGAUAUCCGCCCUCGCCACCGCCCUCCUCACUCAGCAGAAGAAGACGACAGGCGGGGAUGACGACCUCACUCGUGUCGUCCUCGCCAUCCCGACGAGCAUAACAGCUGGUGGGAAGAACGGCGGCCUCCAAAUCUUCUGGGCGCCUGUCCUGCUCCUCCACCUCGCCGGCCCGGACUCCAUCACCGCCUACAACAUCGAGGAUAACGAGCUGUGGAAGCGGCACAUCAUGACCGUGAUUUACAAGGUGACGGGAGCCAUCUAUGUGUUUUACCAGUCUUGGUCGGGCGAGAGCAAGCUUUUGACAGCCGCCGUUCUUCUCUUCAUUGCCGGGACCCUCAAAUGCGUCGAGAAGCCGAUGGCUCUCAAAAGCGCUAGUAUUUACACCCUGGUAUCUUCAUCUCCCUUCAAGUACGACAACGUACCAAUUGAUGUUGAAACCAAGAUAUCUCUUGAGGAUUAUGUAGGAGACGCCAAGGGUUAUUUCGCGACCGUAAAGGUCGGCGAUACCGUAGACGAGUUGACAGAAGCCACGACCAAGCAACUCCGGGUUAUCCCGCACUGGCUAUUCGUAGACCUUGCGUCCACCUUAUUCCACCGUCUCAAAGUCCUGCAUAUGUUCUUGGUUUUUGACAACAACGCCGCAGAUAACCUGCUGCAGUCUGGGCUCUGCGGCGCCUUCGUCCGUCUCUACACCAAGCACAGCAUGCUUCUCAGUUUCCUCUGGACAAAGAGCCGUAAAAUGGGUCUCAUAACUGCUUAUGCCUACCUCAACAGGGUGUUAGCGGUGUGCCUGACCAUCUCCGCCGUCGCGCUCUUCCACCAGAGCCAUAAACAAGGCUACGACGGCAACGAUGUCAAGGUGACGUAUGCCUUGCUAUGGGGCGCCGCAUUUCUGGAGGUGCACGCCCUUUUCAGCAACAAGUAUGACUUCUUCACAUGGACCAACAGGGUUGCCCAGUACAACCUCAUAGCAUCCUUCGCUCGUGGCAAAACCCCCAGCAAGCUGCUCAAGCUGGCGGGGUUCUGUGGAUGCAAGGACUACGUGGACCAGCACUGGUACGUGGACCACUCCUCGUCGUCCUUCCCCAUCACAGAGCUUGUCAUUCAGCAGGUCAAAGCUGGGUGGAAGGACUACAUUCAGGGUGUCUCCUCCUACUGGGCGUUCAAUGAUCGUAGAGGUCAGCUGACCAUCCAGCAGGAAGGAUGCUACGACGAGCUAUGUAGUACCUUGGAGGUACCGUUCGACGAGAGCAUCCUGGUCUGGCACAUGGCCACCGAGAUAUGCUCCUACCAGCAGGUCCAGGUCCAGGUCCAUGACCAGGGUGCCUCCGGUGAUGAAGCAGCAGCUGGUCAUUGCGAUGCCGCCACUAGUUGCAGAGAGAUUUCCAACUAUCUGGUGUACCUAUUCGUGAACAACCCGGAAAUGCUAAUGGCGGGCACCAGAGUGACUAUCCUCUCCGAGGCAUGCGAGGAGCUUCAGAACAUGUUCAAGGAUGACAUGCUACCACCUGGUGAAGAAGGAGACCUGGCAGAGGAGAUACACACUAGGGCUCAAGCCAUGCAAGGUGCUGCUGCUACGGCAACAACAAAAGCAUUCGUUCUCCGCGCAUCCAACCUUGCAAUGCAGCUUCUAGCCAUGAACGGUGACAGGAGGUGGAAGGUGAUGCAAGGUGUGUGGGUGGAGAUGCUCUGCUUCUCCGCGAGCAGGUGCAGGGGGCACCUGCAUGCCAAGAGCCUAGGCAUGGGCGGGGAGUACCUCUCCUACGUGUGGCUCCUCCUGUGGUAUAUGGGCCUGGAGAGCGUGGCGGAGAGGCAGCAGAGAUCGGAUUUCAGGAAGCAAGGUGCUCCGUCGUCAUCGCAAAGCUGGAUCUGA